AUGAAUGUCAUUCCGCUUGGUGCAGGGCAGGAUGUCGGGAGAUCGUGCAUCCUUGUCUCGAUAAAAGGCAGAACAAUAAUGUUUGACUGUGGAAUGCACAUGGGAUUCAACGACGAACGUAGAUUCCCAGACUUCUCGUACAUUUCCAAAACAAAAAGCUUCGAUAAAGUCAUAGACUGUAUAAUCAUUUCGCACUUCCAUCUGGACCAUUGCGGAGCUCUCCCAUACUUCACAGAGGUCUGCGGAUACGGCGGCCCGAUCUACAUGACCCUCCCGACCAAGGAGGUUUGUCCUGUUCUGCUGGACGACUUCAGGAAGAUAGUUGCAGGAAAAGGAGACUCCAUCUUUACAUACCAGGAUAUAAGCAACUGCAUGAAGAAGGUCGUCACAAUCAGCAUGAACGAGACAUACAAGCAUGACGAAGACUUCUACAUUACCCCGUACUAUGCAGGCCAUGUCCUGGGUGCAGCAAUGUUCCAUGUUGUUGUUGGAGACCAGUCUGUCGUGUACACAGGAGACUACAGCACAACCCCUGACAAACACCUUGGGCCCGCAUCAAUCAAGUGUAUUAGGCCGGAUCUUCUGAUCACUGAGUCGACGUACGGAUCAAUAACCAGGGACUGCAGGAAGGUCAAGGAAAGAGAGUUUCUCAAGGCCGUUUCCGACUGUGUAGCAAGGGGGGGCCGCGUCCUGAUCCCGAUAUUUGCACUGGGAAGGGCCCAGGAGCUCUGCUUGUUGCUGGACGGGUAUUGGGAAAGAACAGGGCUCAAGACUCCUGUGUACUUCUCCAGCGGACUAACCGAAAAGGCAAACGAAAUAUACAAGAAGUUCAUCAGCUACACAAACGAAACAGUCAGAAAGAAGAUCUUCGAGAGGAACAUGUUUGAGUACAAGCACAUAAAGCCUUUCCAGAGGCACUACAUGGAAAGCAAGGGCCCCAUGGUCCUGUUUGCAUCUCCGGGAAUGCUCCACUCCGGAAUGUCGCUCAAGAUAUUCAAGGAAUGGUGCGAGGACGAAAAGAACCUUGUGAUAAUACCCGGGUACUGUGUCCGGGGAACAAUCGGAGAAAAGGUUCUGAAUGGGGCAACAAAGCUAGAGAUUCUCGGAGAAAGUAGGGAGAUAAGGUUAGAGGUCAAGAACCUGGCAUUUAGUGCACACGCAGACGCACCGGGAAUCCUGAAUGUGGUAGAGCAGUGCAGCCCAAGAAAUGUGAUGCUUGUUCACGGAGAGAAAUCCAGGAUGAAAGUGCUCAAGAGAAGCAUUGAAGAGAGGUUUGGGAUACCCACGUUUCUCCCGCCCAACGGAACACUCAUAAACAUCCCGUCAAGGAGCAUGGUCAGCCUGAGAAUAAAGAAAGAAAGCAUGUCCAAGCACUUCAAGCCGAAUUUGUCAAGAAGCAUGGUUUCCCUGAGAAUGAGGCUGUCUUCGGAGAAAAAUGGAUGCCAUGUCGAUGUUGUGGACUGCGAAGACUACAUUGAAGACAACACUUAG